AAGUUGAUACCCUAUCCCUAUCGGUAAACGCAGACUCACUCGGCGAGAAUGAUGCUGUGGGUGCUGCUGUUGCUGCAGCCUUUCGUUUCUUUGUGCGAGGGAUGUGUGUCCGAAACCUGUGGUUUGCCACCGCAACCCGCUGAAACUUCGGAUGCAUUUGCUUCGAUUCAAGUCAUGGGGAAGCAGACAACCGAAAAAGAACUCGACGACAAGGUUGUAGUCGAACACAUCUACAAGCUUAAUGAGGACGGCACAGUCACAAUCAUCUUCAAGUAUGAGGAUGGCACGGAGGAAGUGUUCGAUGUCCUGGAUCCUCAUUCUCCAGGGCUUUUGCAAGAACAAAGGAGCCAAGAAGGCUUCCCGUGGAAGAAGAUAUGGAAGAUCAAGAAAAUCAAGGAAGCGCUGGGCCGCCGACGCCAGCAUCCCUCCUCCUCAUGCACAAGUGGGGAUUUCUCUUUCUCAUUCCCCAACGACAACAGGAACGAAUCCGCUGAAGCAACCUCGGUUCGUGUCCUCACGAAUGAAGCUGGCUUUGGCCUUGGCGAGUAUAUUUCUGACGACCAGGACGUCUUCAGUAAAACUUUCAAUGUGAGUGCUAGCUGUGAGAUUGUGCCUAGAUCCUUCUUCCUCUCCUUCAACAUCACAUCCAGCCGCAGCUUGAUACUUGACUUCUUGCCUUUCAAUCCCGUUCCAUGUGCUGGGCUGUCGAAUUCCACCUCGCUUGAAUCAAAUUGCAGUGAUGUGAAAUUCCAGUACAUUUCUUGAGAUUUCUUGAGGAAACUGCAGCACUAAUUUCAAAUUCUUUCCAAUUUGAGAGGCCUACUAGAAAGCAACACAGCUUUGAAGCGCAGAAAAAAC